UUCCGGAAGAAGCGCCUGCGUUUCGGGCGCAGCCGCAUCCACGAGUGGGGCCUCUUCGCCAUGGAGCCAAUCGCAGCCGACGAGAUGGUCAUCGAGUACGUGGGGCAGAGCAUCCGCCAGUACACCCCAAAACACCCCAAAACACCAAGAAACACCCAAAAGUACCCCCAAACCAGACAGAAACAGCCAAAAAUACCCCCAAAAUACCCCAGAAACAGCCAGAAACACCCCAAAAUACCCCAAUACACCCAAAGCCACCCCAAAGAACACCCUAACACACCAACAAACCCCCCGAAAUACCCCAGUACAGCCCAAACUACCCCCAAAGCACCAAGAAGCACCCUAAAAAUACCCCAGAAACACCCGAAAAUACCCCAGAAACAGCCAGAAACACCCCAAAAUACCCCAAUACACCCAAAGCCACGCCAAAGUACCCCCAAGCACCAAGAAACACCUGCAGAAACACCUGAAAAUACCCCAGAAACAGCCAGAAACACCCCAAAAUACCCCAAUACACCCAAAGCCACCCCAAA